CGGGGUUAGAGUUCAGUAAAUACUGAUGAUGUCAUCGUCUGAAGAUGGCUGAAGGAGAAGGCUGGUGGGGAGGCUGGCUUCAGCAGAGUUUCCAGGCCGUCAAAGACAAGUCAUCUGAGGCCUUAGAAUUCAUAAAGCGAGACCUGACAGAGUUCUCCAAUGUGGUGCAGCAUGACACCGCCUGCUCAAUUGUGGCCACAGCCACUGCUGUCAAAAACAAACUUGCGGUUGAAGGCUCCUCAGAGACCUCAGAAAAGGUGAAGAAGAGCCUCUCUAGUUUCCUAGGGGUGAUAACGGAUACACUUGCUCCACCCCCUGAUAAAACCAUUGACUGUGAUGUAAUUACGUUGGUGGCAACACCUGCGGGAACUACAGAGGUCUACGACAGUUCUAAGGCACGUCUCUACAGUCUGCAGGCUGACCCUGCCACAUACUGCAAUGAGCCUGAUGGUCCCCCAGAGCAAUUUGACAACUGGCUGUCUGGCGUCAGUUUGGAAGAUAAGAAAGGAGAAAUCUCAGAGCUUUUGGUCAGCAGCCCUUCUAUACGAGCCCUUUACACCAAAAUGGUGCCAGCAGCUGUAGCCCAUUCAGAAUUCUGGCAGCGGUAUUUUUACAAAGUCUUCCAGUUGGACCAGGAGGAGGCGAGGAGAGUGGCCCUGAAGCAGAGAGCAGAACAGAGUACUCACACAGAGACUCUGGGCUGGGAGGAGGAGGAGGAGGAUGAUUUCCUCGGCACCCCGUCAUCAUCACAAUUCAACUUCACGCCCCUGUCAGACAAGAGCUCAACCCAACUGUCCACAGCCUUGACAGCUCCCACAGGAGCAACCCUGCUGAGCCCCGCUCUGUCUCCCAGUGACGAGCGAGACGCCACCCCUUCGGUGAGCAGCGACAGCGUCAGCCUGCCGACGCAGGUUGAGGUGCGGCCAGAGCCUGUCGUCACAGAGCUGGCCAAGAAACUGACAGAAGCUAGAGUGGAAGAUGUCGCAGACAAGACGCAAGAAGAGCAGAAGGCGGCAAAGAGUGACUCAACUCCCGAGGCUCAGGCAGAAGCUGUUGCACAUCCAGAGGUCACUUGUGAUGGGGUGUCAGCGCGUGCUUCUGCCCAAGCCUCAAAACCAGAGGCCACGAAGGAGGACGGGCCCCAGGACCUGAGAGUGUUUGAGCUUAACUCUGACAGCGGAAAGUCUACACCCUCUAAUAAUGGCAAGAAAGGAUCCAGUACUGAUGUGAGUGAGGACUGGGAGAAAGACUUUGACCUCGACAUGACAGAAGAAGAGGUCCAAAUGGCCCUCUCUAAAAUUGAAGCUUCUGGGGAGCUGGAUGAAGAUUGGGAGAACUGGGACUGAGAGCCACCGCAACACGAACUCUGUCCCGCCAUUAAAGCUAGUUCUCGGCAGAUGAACCAUGCUUAACGUGUUUUAACUCUUUGUCCACACUGUCACCAUGUCAUGAUUGUCAGUAGGGGAUUUUUCCGGCGGGUUUGGACCACAUCGGUAAACCCGACGAAAAGAGCAACAAGAAGACCAAGGCAAUAAGAAUUAGACUGCUCCUUCAGCUUAGUGCAGAUAGGCUGUUAGUGAGGGUAACGACUCAGGUCUUGGUUAUUUCUUGGAGUAACUUCUGGCUUAGAGAGCAUAUGACACUAGUAAUAGAGAGAGGUUUGAAAUCAUUCUGACCUAAAGCUUAAGGAUACAGUGACAAGUCAGAAUGUGAAAGGUCUCACCACAGCAAGGGAAGAGCUGUUUCCGCUUUUUUCUUUUACACCAUUAAAUACAUUAUGUACGUCGUUGCGAGCGUAUUUCGAGUCGGGCAAAGACUUAAACCGUAGGCUGAAAAAAAAUAGCCUUAAACUGUAAUGCUGCUUGUCACUUUUCCAAGAUGAAAUACUUUGCGAGUGAUGAUUUUUUUGAAUGAUGAUCGAUCGAUUCAGCUCUACCCAUGUACCGCUUUCUUUCUCAUCUUUUAUUAUGCAAGUGAAUCUUCAAAAUGGAAACAAAUAUUUUGGCCUUCGUUCACAGAGCGCUUUUCAUUUUGGAUUCACUCCCAACUCUAUAUACAUGGCCUUGUAAAACACACAAUAGUGUGAUAAUGUUAUUAAAUCGUUUUUGUUUCAAGUCAGUUCGACCACAACCCCCCCUUCUUUUUUGUUGUUGCUCUCAUGUGAUUGAUUUAAAUAUAUGAGCUUGUUGCAGGCUACGUUGUUUUUUUCCGCUUGUUUCACUAUGAGUUGUUUAUCUGUUCGUCUUAUGUUGGUAGAGGGAAUUUCUUAAUUAUCAAUCAUUAAGAGAGAAGUCCUGUUUGACUUAAUGAAAAGAAAUCAGACUGUUCUCGGUGUCAUGAUACCGGGUUGAAUUUGAGCAUAGCAUCUCUCAUUUACUUUUUAUAGGAGCAAAUCUGCAGUUUUAAGUUUCUCUGUCGGCCCAUGUUUGGAACACAGUAACUCAGCAGGCAGUGUGCCAAGUAGACCAAGGAGCAAUGCGAGCACGCUCCAUGCUUUUGAUUUCCUUUUCCAUCAACUGUAAUGUCACAAGAAAAAGAAAUCAGCCUAGAGAUGUAAUAUUUAUACUAAAAUAAAUGCUUAAUUAUUGUAUUAUGUGCUUUGGAUUGCAUGUCUGUGCAAUAAUAUUAUGCAAAACAUUGUGCAGAUGUUUACUGUUGAGUUGUAUGUUUUCCGGUAAAGACAUUGGCUGUUCUUCAGGUUUUUGUGUUUCUGACAACGUGUUGCAUGUCUAUAAAUUCUCGGCUGUGUAUUCCCUUCAGAUUCACACUUGGAGCUUAAUCGAAGCUGUUCUUCACACAUCUGUUUUCAAAGCUGUCGAGUUCUUCUUUUUUUAAGUCAAGUCUUUCACUAUAUUUUUCAAAUGAUCAUUGUCAUUAAAGCUUUCAUGGCUAA